UAAAAAAGGGUAUUGAAAACAGCUGUUUAAAAAGUGUGAAAAAAUUUGAAAAAAAAUCACUCAAACAUACAAUUUCGAUAGCUUGCGUUUUUAAAAGCAUAGAAGAACAAAAAGCACUUCAACAACAGCAACAACGAACAUUACUUGCAACACCUGUGUAUAUAUGUAUGUGCAUAUAUCUCGAAUCAGUGCAACAUAACAUUUGCGACAGCUGCAGAUGGUUCGUUGAAAUAUAAAACAACAAAAUUAAGAUAUAACAAAAACAACAAUAAAAAAAACUAAAAUAACAACAGCUACCGCUGAAUAUAUAAGCACAAAACAAGUGCACAUAUGUACAUGUUGCUACAUACAGACAUAUGUAUAUUUAGAAUUAUUCGUGCUGCUCAUGUGCCGGUAUUCACAUAUUAAUAUCAAAACAACAACAAAUCUUCAUACUAACCAUAUAUGUAUGUAUGUGCGUGUCUAUUAAGUGAAAUCGCGUUGAGAGCAAGCCAUCUCUGCAGCACGUUGCAUUUGGAUUACGCAUUACGCAUUAUUGAGGGGAAAAAUUAAAAAAAAAAAAACAGCAAUCAAGUGACCGCAAAAGUUGUAUGCAAAGAAUACGAAAUAAUAAUAAUAAAAAUAUAAUUGCAAGACAUAUAUAAUUAUCUGCAUAUUUGUGCAUAGCACAUAAUUUACACGCUUGUGCUACCGCUACCGCUACCGCUGCUGCUGCUGCUGCUGCUGCCUUUACUGGCUUGUUUUCAAUACGGAUAUUGCAACAUUGCGACGACCUUGUGGAAAAUUGCAUACCUUAUGCACUGCAAUUGCUAAGCGUGCCCAGUGGCUGCGGUGUACAGAAGUAUACAUAUAUAUAUGUGUGUGUAAAUAUAUGCAUGUGUUGUUGUGCGUUGUAAUUUUCUACAUUAAUUGAACACAGUUCUGCGAAAAAAAAAAUUAAGAAAAAAAAAUUGCUAAAAAUUUCAUAGCACCACUGUUGAUUGGAUUUGCUGCCACUGGCUCUUCAACAGACAAAAAAAAAGAUGUUGAAACACGUACAAAUUUCACCGCUCCGCAAUCGCUCCGAUUCGGUCUCACUACGUUCAUCCUGCGCUUCGUCGAUAUGUGGUAGCCCGGAGCCGCCCACUGAACUGCAGCGUACACCGUCACGCGCAUCCAGUUACUCAAGCUUGAGUGAGCAAUUGCCACAGACGACCAUUAAAGUAUUCACGAAUUGUCUAAAAAUCGAUAUCGAAUAUAAAACCCUCGGCAUACAAUGGGACACCACCAGCAAGGAAGUUAUUACACAGCUACUCAGACGCCUCAAAAUGCGUCAUCGCGAUCCACGACUUUUCUACCUCUCAAUGGAAGUGUCGGUGCGACGUGCUGGUGUUAAGACCAUACUCGUGCUAGAUGAUGAUACACGUCCAGCUAUACUGCAAGCUUGCCAUCCGAAAGGAGAGUCGAGAUUCUGCUUACAACUGAAACCUGGUGGUCUCAUACGCGUACACACUUCCGCUCUGCAGCCUUCUUCACAGUACAAAUCCUUGGUUAUCUCCGAGGAAACAACGUCCGACGAGCUACUGCAACUACUACUCUCUUGCUACAAUUCCAUGGAACCUGUUGAACAAUUCUCUAUCUAUGAAGUCUGCCCGGGUCAGGAGUACCAACGCAAAUUGCAUCCCGACGAUAUACCACUGCGUGCACAGUCCGAACGCAUGCGCCGUGGUGAAACCUGCCACUUCCUCGUGCGCCGUAACCCGACCUAUAUACGACGCCGUCAGUUGCUUGCCACACUCAAUGGUCUCUCCCAGAAUGGCAUUAACAAUAACAAUAGCAAAUCAUUUGAUGCCAACAGCACCGUUUCCUCACUAGAAGACGACAGUAGCCUCCUGGAUAUAUCCAUUGAAUCACUAACCGACGAUAUACACAGUUUGAUGGCCAGCGAUGAAGAUGAGGAUGGUGCUUCAUCUACGUCGGGCUCAUCGGACACCUCCUCGGAGGGUUCCACGGGCGGCAUACGACGUACACCUUCGACACUAUCCGUUGUACCGUUGAAGCAGCACUUGACAGCAACGUCAAAGAGCGCUGAUGUGUGUCCGAAGUGUCGCAAUUCGUUUAAAUCAUGCGAAUUUUGUCAUAAAAAUUCGUCAAUGAUGUUGCAGCUACACCGUUCCAACAGCACAUCGAGCAGCAGUAGUUGCGCCACCACCAAAACCCUACAAAUGCAGCUACCCAGCUACAGUCCGGUGUAUAAUAUACGUGAAAUACGCACAGCCACACAUAGUUUUUCAGCGCUCGGCAAUGAUAAGAAGCUGUUGGAUAUCGAGCUGAAUGGCCGCUUCGAUACGAGUGCUUGCCAGCGGCUGCGUCCACAAAGUGUGUACGUUACACGGUCCACACGCAUGCUCACCGAUGGCAAUGGCAAUGCGGCGGCAGCAACGACGGUGGCGGAUCAUCAGCCAACAUCAAAGCAGAUAGCUGAAGAUUGCAAUGGCAAUAAUUCGACGGCUGGUACGACAACUUCGGCGGCUGCGGCUACAGUGGGGGGUGAGGUAGUGAAUAAUCAUCCGGCGAAAGGUUUGGGGCAUUUCGUGUAUCUGUAGGCUAGUACGAGUUAAGUUGGGAUGGAGGGGCAUAAGAACCAAGAUUAUUAUUUAAAUAGACUAGUCAACUAAAUGAAAAUAAAAACGAUUGGAAACGAGAAUAUAUUUUGGGGCUAGAGUGGCAUAACUUUAUCGACGUUCGAUGAAUGAACUUUGGUGGAAAUUUUUUUAAGAUAUUGGAAGUUAUUUUCAAUAACUUUUCAUUAACUUAAAAUACAGCCGAAAGUUAAUGAAUACAAAUUUUUCAGGUAAAGGAAUUUUAUAGUUAUCGAUAACUUUUUAAAAAUCAUCGAUAAGCGUUAUCGAAACAAUUAACAAAUAUAAAAACUAUUUUUCGGAAUCGAAUAGACGAAAGUAAUCGGAAUAGCCAAAUGGAAUUAGUUUAUCCCGAGUGGUCGAUAAAACCGUCAACUGGCGCUGAGCUAAAAUCAUUGAGUCGAUAAAAAAUUAAACAAAAUAAAAUAAAAUAAAAUAAAAUAA